AAUUCGGUCCCCGAGGAUCUGCUGUAAGUCUACAGAGGAAGUCAGUGGAACUGUGCCAAUUGUUAGAUCCGAAACAGAAGUUUGGAAAAGGGAGAAAAGUUACUCAUUCGCCUGAUACCACACGGUGAGUCCACGAGAGGGACUCUAGCGCAGAGCUGCUUGACAAGCACACAGGGACCGUGCCAGCAGCCACCUACAGGACAGGCAGGCGCUGCUGCAGGGCUGCCUCUGAGCGAGGUCCUGGGUCCCAGCUGAAGUGUUCGAAGAAUCAAGCAUUUGCCUUCUGUUGCCUGCACCUGCCAGUGUCCCGUGCUAGGAGGUUUCCCUUGCGUGCCUUGUCAUACUCAAGUGACCCAAAGCAUCGGAAUAACGCUGGGAUGUGGCAAACAGCAGCCCUUGGUUAUGUGGGGGAAAGAGACUGCCAAAGGAGACCUUAGGGCCUGAAGAACUAUGGCUCUUCAUGGAAUAUAAGUGUACCAACUGCUACAUGGUUUUCUAUCUCUAACCCUGGAUAACAGAGCAUGGCCCCGGAGCUACAGAAAGCCAACUGAUCCAACUCACAAUGCACCAACUUUUCAGAUUGGUUUUGGGACAAAAAGAUCUUUCAAGAGCUGGGGACCUCUUCUCUUUAGAUGACGCUGAGAUAGAAGACAGCCUGACAGAAGCUUUGGAGCAGAUUAAAGUAAUUAGCUCAUCUUUGGAUUAUCAAACUAAUAACAAUGACCAGGCAGUGGUUGAAAUCUGUAUCACGAGGAUUACAACAGCCAUCAGAGAGACGGAAUCCAUUGAAAAGCACGCCAGGGCCCUGGUGGGACUGUGGGAUUCCUGCUUGGAGCACAACCUGAGACCUGCAGGGAAAGACGAAGAUACUCCACACGCUAAAAUCGCAUCCGAUAUCAUGAGUUGUAUCUUACAAAAUUACAACCGGACCCCUGUGAUGGUCUUAGCUGUACCCAUCGCAGUGAAAUUCCUCCACAGAGGCAGCAAGGAGCUGUGUAGGAACAUGUCCAACUACCUGUCCUUGGCUGCCAUCACCAAGGCCGAUCUCCUGGCUGACCACACUGAAGGGAUAGUAAAGAGCAUACUCCAAGGAAAUGCCAUGCUACUGAGGGUGUUGCCUGCUGUGUAUGAAAAGCAGCCCCAACCAAUCAACAGGCACCUGGCAGAACUCCUGGCCUUGAUGUCUCAAUUGGAGCAGACAGAACAGUACCAUCUACUACGGCUUCUCCAUGUAGCAGCAAAGAGAAAAGAUGUGGAGGUGGUUCAGAAAUGUGUUCCUUUCCUGAUCAGAAACCUGAAGGAGUCAACCUAUAAUGACAUCAUCCUGAACAUCCUCAUAGAAAUAGCAGGCCAUGAGCCGCUGGCCUUGAACAGUUUUCUCCCAAUGCUGAAAGAGAUUGCAGAGCAAUUCCCCUACCUCACUGGACAAAUGGCGAGGAUCUUUGGUGCUGUUGGGCAUGUGGAUGAAGAGAGAGCCAGGAGCUGCCUACGGUACCUGGUGAGCCAGCUGGCUAACAUGGAGCAUUCAUUCCACCACAUUCUCCUGCUGGAAAUUAAGAGUCUCACAGAUGCCUUCUCCUCCAUUCUGGGCCCUCACAGCAGGGACAUCUUCCGAAUGAGCAACAGCUUCACCAACAUCGCCAAGCUGCUUUCCCGACAACUGGAAAACAGCAAGGCCGAGAGUGGCAGGAGAAGAACCGGCACUGAAGUUAGCUUUCCUGAGAAAUUCAGAGAACCCAAGACCAUGGAGCCUAAAAGUGAAGACCACGAAAAACUCCAAGUUAAAAUCCAGGCCUUCGAAGAUAAAAUAAAUGCUGAGAGCCAUACCCCUGGCUCUGUCCGGAGAUACAGUUUAGACCACGUCUCCAAGGAAGAACGAAAAAACGUUCGAUUUAGCAGGUCCAGAAGUUUGGCUUUGAAUACUGUGCUCACAAACAGUGUGAAUGUGGAAGACGGAGAAAUCGAAGGAAAGACAGGAAUGCAUGCCAGCAUCUCGCUUUCAGAAAUAGACCCACCUGGCCACGGAAUUGGCAAGGUGCCCUUUAAGACGGAUACCCAUGGAUCACAGCUGAGAAAUUCCUCAGCUUCACACCCAAGUAUUAUACACAGUGAACCAGAAAAUAUGCCUGAAACUUUUAAAGAAAACGUCCAAGAAGAAAUUCCAGAGGCGGCCAUAAGUCCUGUGGAAUACCAAGAUAAGCUCUACUUACACUUAAAGGAAAACCUCAGCAAAGUGAAGGCAUACGCCUUGGAAAUCGCAAAAAAAGUCCCAAUCCCAGACCAGUGCACCAUUGAAGAUAAUACGAGAAGCUGUGUGGCAAAGCUGUUCUUUACGUGUUCGUUAAAGGGUCAUUACUGCCUAUACAGCAAGUCCAGUUUCACCCUUGUCAGCCAAGCCCCCCAGCCAUGGAUUCAGAUCAUGUUUCUCUUCCAACAGAGCCUGUUUCCUGAGCCCCUGUCCAUUCAGAGUGGCUCGGUGCAGUUCCUCAAGGCCCUAUGGGAGAAGACACAGGGCACAGGAACCCACAGCUUUGAGGUCGCCAUGACAGAGUCCACAUUUCCACAGCAGAAGGAUCUGGACCAGCUUCAGCUCCAUCUGGAAGAAGUGCGGUUCUUUGAUGUGUUUGGCUUCAGCGAAACAGCAGGGGCAUGGCAAUGCUUCAUGUGUAACAACCCCGAAAAGGCAACUGUUAUAAAUCAAGAUGGCCAGCCUCUCAUUGAAGGAAAGCUUAAGGAGAAACAAGUGAGGUGGAAGUUCAUCAAGAGGUGGAAAACACGUUAUUUUACACUGGCUGGAAACCAACUUCUGUUUCAAAAGGGGAAAUCUAAGGACGACCCCGAUGAUUCCCCGAUAGAACUCAGCAAAGUACAGAGCGUGAAAGCUGUGGCCAAGAAGCGUCGGGACCGCUCUCUCCCUCGGGCUUUUGAAAUCUUCACAGACAAUAAGACCUAUGUUUUCAAAGCCAAGGAUGAGAAAAACGCAGAGGAGUGGCUGCAGUGCAUCAACGUGGCGCUGGCCCAGGCAAAGGAGAGGGAGAGCCGAGAAGUAACCACAUAUCUGUAGGGAUUCGUACACCCGCUCUUAUGGCCACUCAAGACAGGCAUUGUUAGUGUCAACAAAGAACCCACCAUGGCACUAUUGGGUUUCACUAAAUACCAGGGAAACCAUUAACCCUAAGGAGAGCCUAAAAUGGCAGGGUUCUCAGUAAACCCCUUGCCCUCACAGAUCUUGUAUUAACUCCAAGAUUUCUGCCUGAAGACAUGGGAAAGAGAAACCAUGGAGAUCAUAUUGAAUGGAGCACAUAGGUCAGGAAUGGAAAGUUAACGAAUAAAAGAACUUCUGUAGCUAUGUGAUUUAUGAAUGUAAGAAAACAAUGAAUGAGACCAGCAAGAGGGCUCAGUAGGUAAAGGGCACUUGCUGCCAAGCCCCAUGAUCUGAGUUCUAGCCCCAUAACUGACUUGAUGGAAAGAGAGCCAACUCUUGGCGUUAUCCUCUGUUCUCUGCAUACCAUGGCACAUUCUUAACCCCAGUUUAAAAAAAAAGAAGAAGAAAUGAAUAAAUAAAUGGAUGGAUGGAUGGAUGGAUGGAUGGAUGGGUGGAUGGGUGGAUGGGUGGGUGGGUGGAUGGAUGGAUGGAUGGGUGGAUGGAUGGGUAGAUGGGUGGAUGGGUGGAUGGGUGGGUGGAUGGAUGGAAUUUUAACCAAUAGAUGCCUGAAAAAUCUAUCUUGAAGGAAAACCAUAUUAAAAACAAUUUUUAAAAAAAUGUUAGGAAAAGUUGAACUAAGGUACUCAAAAGAAAGCUGUUAACUUUAUUAUAUUAAUUAGCUUUCUGUUGCUAUGACAAAUACCCUGACGAAAAUAACUUCAGGGAGAGAGGAUUUAUUUUGGUUUAUGGUCCCAGAGAGAGAGCGAGUUCAUUGUGGCAGGGAACACAGGGCAGCAGGCAGAAAAGGCCUGGCACUACCAAUGGACGCUGGCUGAUUCUGAUUUCCACAGGAGAAGCGGAGAGGGUGGGAGGCAGGGUAUGGUAAAACCACAAACCCCACCUCCACGGAUCUACUUCCUCCACCAAGGCUCCGCCCUCUAAGAGCUCCAUAACUUCCUGAAACAGCGCCACCAACAGGACCAUGUGUUCAAAUACGCGAGCAUAUGGAGGCAAUAAAAUUGUUUAAUUAUUUAAAUUGCCACACUCAAACAUUCAUCUUCUCAACACAAAGGAUGGCAGCACAUGUUACAAUGAUUCUUACUCCAGUUACAUAAUCAAAUUUAGGCUCUUAUUAGAGUGUAAAUUGGAUUUUAAUGUUUAGACACAUGGUUCUAUCUACUGUCCAAGGCAGUAAGCAUAGAGAAUAAAAAUAGAAAGACACCUUUUCUUCUUUGUAAAUAUGCCUCACCUCCCUUAAACCUGAAGAUUUUUUUUAAUUAAAAUUCUGUGGUUUUCUUCUCUGUGUUAAGCGUUGUAUUGCCCAAAUUAUAAGCAUUUAUUGGUUUUUCCCAUUAUCCUUAUAUAAUUUUUGAAUUAAGCUGCCAUAGGCAGUUUAGGUGACGUCCAGUGACCCAUGCCCUGUAAUAAUGUUCUGCCCCCUGAGUGGUGGAGGGUGGAAACUGAAACUUGCUUCUAACAUAUAAUAUGGCAAAGGUGAUAGGACGGUCCCUUCUACAAUUGUGUUACAUUACAGCAGAAACUUAAAAAUUAACAGAUGAAUUAAGGUCCUCAGAUGUCUUUAGUAAACUGAUAUGUCCUAAAUAGCCAGAUUAUCAGCUAAGUCAUUUACAAGAAGAGGAAUAUGUCAGACCGUCCUGGUGACCUUGAAUAAGCUGCCACAGUGCUAUAGCUACAAGGCAAUGAGUGACCUUUACCUACACCCACGUGACCCUGAAACAGUAGUGAACCUCUCAGGACCCAGGCCAUCACCAUCCUGUUGGCAGCCAUGAGGUUCUCUGCUCAGAGAACUGGGAUAAAAUGGACUCCUCCCCACAGCAACUAUGCAGUAACAAUGUAUCCUGCUUUAAAUGCAAACCAUGUGGUGAUUUGUUAUGCACUGAUUAAUUCAUAUAAAACCCCGCUGGUAAUAUAUCAAAGAUAACUUUUUUCUGUGAAAUUGAUUUAUUAUGUAUUUUAGCAUAGAAGCCUGGAAAAGUUGUCACCACAUUGACACUACCGUUAACUCACUCGCAUAGGAAAUGUAAAAGGGGUCAUACUUGAGCAAAGAAACUUAAUUCAAUUUUAACAUGUUAAGUUUGAGGAUAUUAUGAGCCACAGAAAUUAUUACACACUGGAAAUAGAGUUCAAGAGGUCAAAUUUUGGGUCCACCGCAUAUGUAGGUAAUUGUGAAAGAUAUGGAAUUGACUGAGUUAUAUAAGAAAUGGAGAAUUGAAAAUGACCUCUUGGGGUAACAAUAUUUAGACAAAGGCAGGUUAGAUUAGCUAAUCAGUAUUCAGAGAUGAUAUAGCCCAUGAGACAUGAUAUUACAAAAGCUAAAUUAAGAAGGAUUUUCAGGAUGUCAGCAAUUUGAAAUCCUGAAGAUAAAGCUUGACUUUCAUAAUUAGGAAGCAAUUGAUGUCACUAGUAAGAACAAUUUCAUUGGAACAAUGCAGUAAAAGUUAACUUUCAAUGUGUUGUAGGAAUCGACUGUCAUAUUUUAAUUUUUUAAUGGUGGAGUUGAGGUGAAAGAGCAGAAUAGAUGAAUGGUUUCUUAUUUUGUUUUUAGGUGAUGUCAUCAUAGGAAGGAAAGCAGUUUAAUAAAUAUAGACAAGGAAGGACGAGAUCAGGGUUGCUAGAUGUAAUAGAGAAUAAUUUUUCGGGGUUGGGGAUUUAGCUCAGUGGUAGAGCGCUUGCCUAGCAAGCGUAAGGCCUUGGGUUCGGUCCCCAGCUCCGAAAAAAAAAAAGAGAAUAAUUUUUCAAGUUCUGUAACCAGGGGCCAGGGAAAUGUCUCAUUUGUGAGAGAGCUUGCCUACAAACAUAAACCCCUGAGCUCAAAUCAGCAACACAUACAUGAAAAGCCCAGCAUGGCUUUGGGGGCCUGUAACCCUGCACUGGGAGUUGGAGACAAGUAGGAUUCCAAGAGCUCCUUGGCUGCUGAUAGGGUGAACUUCUGUUUCAGUGAGAAACCCCAUAUGGUGGUUUGGAUGAGAAUGGACCCCAUAGGCUUAUAUAUUUGACUACUUAGUCGCCAGUUGGUGGAACUAUUCGGGAAGGAUUCAGAGGUGUGGUCUUGUUGGAGAAGGUGUGUCACUGGUAGAUGGGGGUAGAUGGGCUGUGAGGGUUCAAAAGCCCAUGGCACAUCAAGUUAGCCACCUGACAACCCACCUCUGCCAUGUGACAUCUCAUGAUGUCUGCUCUCAACUGUGGCUCCAGGACCAUGCCUGCCUACUGCCUUGCUCUCUGCUGUGAUGGAAAUAUAUUUAACCUCUGAUACCAUAAGCCUCCAAUAAACUCUUUCUUCUAUACUUGCCUUGGUCCUGGUGUUCAGUCACAGCAAUAGAGAAGUAACUAAGACCCAGUCUUGAGGCAAAAAGGCAGAGAGCCACAGAGGAAGAAACCUGAUGUUCUGCUUUAACCCCCACAUGCAUAAGCACUCACAUACUCAUAUGCAUGUACCAUACACACAAAACGCACACACUCAGACACAUAUACACACAUGCAUGCAAUCUGUAUGAGCAACAAUUUACUGAGAACCUGCAAAGCAACAGGAACCAUACCUGGCCUGGAGAUUCCAAAAUAAAAAGACAACCUCUUUAUUUCCCCAGUACUCAGCCGGAUUUUUAUUGAAAGCAGAAGCAUACGCUCGCACGCGCGCGCGCACGCGCACACACACACACACACACACACACACACACACACACACACACACUGUAGGCACUGGAAGGACAUCCUUUCAUAUGAAGUUGACCAGAAAGAGGGUGAGAAUAAUUAUAGGUGUAAAUUAUUAUCUGAGUGAUGUUUUUAAAUCUACCAGCUCUUUCUUUUUCUUUAAAGGUGUAUUUCUUAUUUUAUUUUAUACGUGUGAGCAUUUUGCCUACAUGGUCUCCAGAGGUCAGGAAAAGGGUGUGAGAUCUCCUGGAACUGAAAUUACAGACGAGCCACAAUGUCAGUGAUGAUAGUCGAGCCCCGGUCCUCUGAAAGAGCACCAAGUGCUUUAAACUGCUGAGGAGUUGUCUCUCCAGCCCCUACCAGCUCCUUCUUAAGAUCCAGAAAAAAAUAUCUAGCUGCUUUAAUCAAAUAGUCAUGAAGUGCUAAGCAGCUUGGUGACAGUCGUUAAAGUAAAUUCCAACAAGGCCCUCAUGCCUUUCUCAGUGAGAGGUUUUAAUAAAAUAAUGGUAGAAGGCAGGAUAAAUGGUUCUGGGGUCAAAAGACCCAGCCUUCCCGGUCUUUCAAAGGACUGAAGUUUAAUUCCCAGUACCCACACUGAUGACCUUACAACCACCAGUAACUCCCUCUCCUGGCCUCUGUGGGCACCUCAUACAUGUGCACAAAUGCACAUUCACAAAUAAAUAGUAAAAUAAAACUUUCUUUUAAAACAUAGACAAUGAUUUUUUUCCCACUAAGUUCGUAGACUAAAAAUAGCCUGAGCCAUCAGCUCUGUGAGGGCAGGCGACUGUUUUCACUACUUUUGACAGAGCCUUUGUCAUUGCGUUAACUAAAUGCCUCUAAUUUGGAAUUUGGCUCUUGGUGCCUGUGAACCAGAUUCUACUGGUUUCGUUCCGUGAUGCACAAUCUCAAAGGCAAGUAAACUCCCCUGGGUUCUGAACCACUGAGCAUCAAAAUCAUUUGUCACCCAGGGAAAUCUCUGUCACUUCCUCAGCUGUCGCCUCGGGCAUGCCGCAGCCAGGCCUUCCCAAGAUUGAAGAAGAAACCAUUUUUCCAAAUAUGCUGAAACCUUAAAAAGCAUGAUUAAAUUUGUACUUGUGGACAGAAAUCCAAUUUGUUUUCAUUUUUACUUCAUUUUGAUUAUUUUUUUCCUUGCAGAAGGCCUUCAAAUGAAAAUAUGUAUAUCUGAGGUCUUUAUCUGCUUAGUUCUUGAGAACUUUUAUUUAAUAAAACAUAAAUGCUCUAUAAUUUCUAAUACUAAUAUUUAAUCUUUGGUCGCUCAUGUCAAAACACACUGGUAAUUGGUUCAUCUUCUAUCCACCUUCUUUCCCUAGGAGCCAAAGGCCUAUUUGUGAUGCUGCCAUAAACAAAAGUGAGAGGAAGGAAGACAAAAUGAGAUGGGGAGAUCUGGGCAAAAUCUAAAGGGCACUGCAGAGAAAUAAAUACCAUGACUUAAGAACCCUGAAAAGGAUGACCACUUCUCUGAGUUUUUAGAGAAAAACAAAACAACAGAAGUAACUUAGGAUUCAUUGCUCCAUUUAUCCCCAGAGAUGUUCCUGAAAGACAAAGGGGCUGAAAAACUGUCUUCUGCAGCACAGCGACUAGGAAAACGCCAUAAUUCUCUUAGCAUGGACUCAUGUGGAUUCAAAUUAUUAUCUUAUGAAAGGACAUUAUUAACUAGCAACUUACUCCUCUUUCAUCUCUACAUUGGGCAGAAUAGCAUGUUAAAAAAAAAAACAGAUCAGCUAUAAGCAGUGCUUCGUAUAAAAAUGUUCUGCAGACUUUUACCUUAAUAAAAACGUGAGAAAGUCUUGCCAUCUGAUUUACCAGGAAGAGAUCAAAAUGUUACAAAUGAAACUGCAAAACAUUGUAUUAAUGAUAACAUUGUGUUCAAGGCAUCAGUGUUACUGCUACUUAAACUUAUUUGGAGGGAUUUAGCAGUUACCUCACUCUGCUUGGUAUGUCAUUCCUUCCUAUCCAUUUCAAGAAGAAAAUAAAAUGUAGUCAUUCUUGUAGCUGUCUUAGUUAGAGUUUCCAUUGCUGAGAAGAAAUACCAUGACCAAGGCAACUCUUCUAAGGACAAUAUUUAACUGGGGCUGGCUAACAGGCCCAGAGGUUCAGUCCAUUCUCAUCAAGGUGGUAGCAUGGCAGCAUCCAGGAAGACACUGCUUGAAGGAGCCAAGAGUUCUACAUCUUGAUCUGAAGGUUGUUAGGAAAAGACUGUCUUCCAGGCAGCUAGGAGGAGCGUCUCAAAACACACCCGCUACAGUAGCACACUUCUUUCCAACAAAGCCACACCUCCUAAUAAUGCCACUCCCUGAGCCAAGCAUAUUCAAACUGCCACAGUAGCUCUAUGCUGUCUUUUCUUAGCAAAUAUUAGGUGAUUGCUUUGCAAGCCCAUAUGGAACUACAGCCACUUCUCAUUGGUUCUCAUUAUGGUUUGCAUCUGACAUGCACCCUUACAAACACACAAUCCUGGCCAUCAACCCGUGGUGUGAGUGUGUAGCUUUUAGCAGUUGGAGCCUAGCUGGCGGGAGGUUUCAAGGUUUUAUUACCACUGAUUUCAGUUUUCUUUCUCCGAGUUCCGGUCUGGCAUGAUGUAGGAAGAGCAUUUCUAGAAGACACCUUUACAAUAAAUAUACUAAAGACAAAAUAGAGAGGCAAAGUUGGCAACCAAGACAGAAGCUGGAGAACCAGAGGCAGAAUAGCAAGGAUGGGUAGGUGGGAUGGGUGGGAGGGAUGGGUGGGUGGAAUAGGUGGGUGGGAUGGAUGGCUGGGAUGGGUGGCUGGGAUGGGUGGCUGGGAUGGGUGGCUGGGAUGGGUGGCUGGGAUGGGUGGGUGGAAUGGGUGGGUGUAUAACUUUCAAAGACGCUACACAGCUCCCAAGGACUAGUUUUCAUAUGUACUUGCUGAGCUAUGAUUUUUCCAUCGAAUGAGCUGAGAUCACAGAUUACCACUGCUGUAUGAGCCUCCUUCUAUUGCCCCGUUUUGCAAGGCCCUACAACCAUGUGCUUGUAGAACAGGGACCAGACCUUCCAGGAAGCUUAGCUCCCGGGCCCUGACAUGAGAACCCCAUCCUUGGCAAAGCAUAUUCCAGACAGACAAUCUUUCCUUCCUUCCCCAACCCCAUUCACGGCACAUAUUGAAUUCAUUUAUUUCAGAGAAAGCAUCUCUGAGGGCCUAGGUGGGUGAGAAAUCCUGGAUUCCUUGAACAUCUGUCUAUAAAAUGACCACCAAAUGCACUGUGCUUGCUUAGUCCCUUUAUGCCUCUUUUUCCGAAGCUUAAUGCUUCCAUGGAACAGAAAAUGAAUUCCGUUGAUUUUCAAUCAAUAAGUGACUACCUUUCACUCCAGUGCUAGGAAUCCAGAGGAGUCAAAUAAUGUCAAAGCACUUAAGUGGCAGACUCACCGUCUCAGCCAGGACAGAGUCCUGUGAGAUCCCAUUAGAAGCCGAGAGUCACAGGUCCCAACACUCAGAAAGCCGAACUUUUCUUAUUUUGAAUUCUUUUAGAAUUGUUUCUUACCUCGUUUUGUUUUCAAUUACCAGUCCACUCAUGUCAGUAGACAAUCCACAGUCUAGGUCUGCACACGAACACUCCCACACACGUGUGAGGACUCGUUGACUGCUUUCUGCUUUGCAGAAACUGAUCUCAUUUUUUAUUAUCUUAUAUUAAAUUUAUAUCUCUGAUCUCUCCACCAUCACUCCCUUUACCACCAGACUGGGAUCUCAUACAAUCCGAAGGAACGCUCACGUAUAUUCCACGGUGAUUACCAGUCAUUUAUACACAUCAGAUUUCCUCUGGAAAUGCUCCGUUCACUCCUAAUCCAGAUCCACCAUAAUAUGGAAGAAAUGAGCCAAGAGUCUUUGUACUUACAAAAGAAAAGCAAUGAUUUGGUCUUCUAAACUGGCUCACCCACUCCAUCAUCAGGAUAAGGCACAUCCUUUCAAUCUAGCCCAAACUACCAUCUAGAUAUGUCCGUCUUGGAAAAUUAACCAUCAUACCAUGGGCACAUAUACCUAAAGUGCUAAAUUAAAGACAAUUUAACUACCCAUCACACAGAUAUCUCACAGGGGGCCUAUCUCAUGAUUUUCCAUGAAAUCACCUCUCACAUAUCUCUACAUGUUUUGGACAUUGCUGUACUAUCCCCAUCUCUUCAACAUGCUUCACUUCACUAAACAGAAUCUCAUGCUUUUGGAGACAUAGAGCUUGCUGGUCUACCUCAUCUUCCUGUACAGAAGGCCUUGGCUUGUCAUUAUUGGCACGUAUCAUUUCUAGCUGUUCACUUUUGGAAAUGGAGAGGCCAUUGCUUUCUCAUCAGUCUGUAGCUCAUCAAAAUAAUUUGCUCUGAUCAUGAAAUAACAUAUCUUGUAGAUAACUCAGAAAACUAUUAAACUGUAAAUAAAAUCUCGCAUAAUCAGUCAAACAUUCAGAAUCCAACACGGUCAGUGCCAUUUUCAAAUAUUGGUUCCCAUUAGGUUACUCAUUGCUAAUGAUCUUUGAAAAUGUUGCCUCUCCUAACUUCUAAUCAUUAGCCCCACUUCACUCUCUCUUUUGCGACCACAAAUCAUUCUGCACCAGUUACCCAGGACAUCCUUUAAAAUAAUGUGAUUCUGGCAUUAACUUAACCAAUACUUAGUGAACAUUCAGAACAUGCCUGGCAUGAAGCUGGGAUUCUAGGACUCAAAUAAAUCAUUCAUGCCUUUAAGAAACAUAGUAAGUCUUACUCUGAUUCCUUUAUUUCCCCUGUUCAUGAGGAAUUCAUCUGUGUCCUGUGUCCCCUUCUCUAACGGACACUCUCUGUCAUGGUCCCUUUCUAAUUUCCUAGCUUCUGGGGUUACUUUGGGUUAUAUAUUCAAAUCUAAAGAUUCGGAAAUGGGAUGUUAAAAUAGGAGUAGAUGUGUGGUGUUUGUCUCGCUGUGUUGGGUUACCUCACUCAUUAUAUCUUCCAGUUCUAUCCAUUCUAACCUGCAGAGUGCAUGAGUUCAUUUUUUUCCUCGUGGCUGAAUAGAAUUCCACUGUGCUAAACAUCACGUUUACAUUAUACAUUCAUCAGUUAAAAGACAUUCAGUUCGCUUCAUUUCCUAACCAUCGUGAAUAGCCUUUCAGGUCCUUUGGGCAUUUACUAGGAAAUGGUAUAUCUGGGUUAUAAGUAGAUCUAGUCUUAGGUUUGUUGAGAAGUCUUCACACUGAUUUACAUAGUAGCAGCAUUCACCAGCAAUGAAGAAAGAUCCCAUAUUCCCAUAUCUUUUUAUCCAUGUCCUCAUACCUUACCAUCCAUGUCCCCACAGAUCACCAUCCAUGUCCUUACAUCUGACCCUCUAUGUCCCCACAGCUCACCAUCCAUGCCCUCAUAGCUCAACAGCCACAUCCCCACAGUUUACCAGCAUUUUUCAGGUGAGAUGAAAUCUCAAAGUGUUUUCAUUUGAAUUUUCCUUAUUGCUAAAGAUAUCAAACAUUCUUACGACAUUUGUCAUUUUUGUUUCUGCUUUUGAGAAUACCCUGUUCAAAUCAGUAGCCCAGUUUUUUUUUUUUUUAAUUAACUUGAGUAUUUCUUAUAUACAUUUCGAGUGUUAUUCCCUUUCCCAGUUUCCGGGCAAACAUCCCCCUCCCCCCUCCCCCCUCCCCUUCCUUAUGGGUGUUCCCCUCCCAACCCUCCCCCCAUUGCCGCCCUCCCCCCAUAGACUAGUUCACUGGGGGUUCAGUCUUAGCAGGACCCAGGGCUUCCCCUUCCACUGGUGCUCUUACUAGGAUAUUCAUUGCUACCUAUGGGGUCAGAGUCCAGGGUCAGUCCAUGUAUAGUCUUUAGGUAGUGGCUUAGUCCCUGGAAGCUCUGGUUGCUUGGCAUUGUUGUACUUUUGGGGUCUCGAGCCCCUUCAAGCUCUUCCAGUUCUUUCUCUGAUUCCUUCAAUAGGGGACCUAUUCUCAGUUCAGUGGUUUGCUGCUGGCAUUCGCCUCUGUAUUUGCUGUAUUCUGGCUGUGUCUCUCAGGAGCGAUCUACAUCCGAGUAGCCCAGUUUUAAUUGAACUGUUUGCUUUCUUGAUUCUUCAUUUUGUGUAUUCUCUGGAUAUUAACCCUCUAUCUGAUGUACAGCUGGCAAAGUUUCCCUCCAUUCUAUGAGCCUCCCCCUCACUGUACUGAGUUUCCUCUGCUGUAGAGAAGCUUUUUAGUUUUCUGAGGUCCUGUUUGCCAGUUGUUGACCUUAAUUCCCUGGAAUGGGAUCCUCUUCCUAAAGGCCCUUCCCGUUCAUAUCAUGUAGAGUAUUGUCUGUCUUUCCUUCUAGCUCUUUCUGUUGUCUGUCAUUCUCAAAUGCUGUUGGCAUUUUAGAAUUAUUUUUAACUUAAAUUCUGUUUAUGUCUCAUCAGUGCCAAUGUGAUAGAAUUUGAGUUUUCGUGACUCUGCUUACUAGUGAGGUUGUAUUUUUCCACGUGUUUACUGGCUUACAAAUUUUCCUUCCCUUGAAUUCCUAUUUAUAUUUUACAUGUUUCUCCAAUGAGUUGUUUGUUGUCUUCUUACAUCAAUUUUAAGGGAUGUUCAUAUGCUUCAUGUGUGCACCUUUUGCUCCUCUCUAAUAUUUUAAUUUUUACCCAUUGGGGAAGUGUAAUUUACCUGCAAUAAACCUGAUAUAACACAGAUUAUUCAGUUAUGAACUUUUACAGUUUCAUAAACCCAUAAUAUUAGCAGCCAAAGCAAAAUGCAGAAUAUUACUAUAAUUCCUGAAAAUUCCUCAAGCCUCUUUCCAGAGGCCUCCAUCCUAUAUUAAAUUGGGUCACAUAAAUAAGAUUACAGAGUAUGAAUUCCUCUAUGUGUUGUUUCUUUCCCUCAGUGUAACAUUACCACCUCUGUGAUUGAUACAACCAGGACAGAAUCUAUUUAUUUACUCUCGAGCAGGUAGUCAUGUGUGAUGUUUCUAGUUUGGACUAUUGUGAGUAAGACCGGCCAUGAAUGUACUUACGUGAAAUGCUUUGAGAUAUGCUCUUGUCCUGUUGGCCUAGAGAUGGGAUGAAACCUUCCAAAUGCACAGUCUAUCUCCAUAGCGUGUCUCAUGAUUUGAACUCUACUGUGUGUUUUCAUCCCUGUGCUUCAUUCCGUGUAAUUGUUUUAGAUCUGUCUCCUUUCUCCAGCUGUAUCCUAGCCUUAGUCCAUGCACCAAGUCUCAUUUUCCCAUUCCCGGGAUUCCUAUUCAUUUAAUCUUCUAAGUACUUUUACAGAAUUUUAUUCCUUUGUCUUUGUUUAUGCUAUGAGUCUUCACUGUCUGUCUGCUGAGGCGCUCCAAUCACAUUGUUUCUUGCUUGUUUGUAGUAAUUUAUUUUCUCGAGUGCCAUUUUGGUUUUGGGGGGGUUGUUUUGUUUUGUUUUGUUUUUCACUUUCAAAUGCAUGUUGGUGAAGUUUUAGUCUGUGAGAGUUAUUUUGGUUGGAUGUGUAUUGUAUUUCAUUUUUAAAUUAACUUCUUAACUGAAUGUGGUGAUGCAUACCUUUAAUUCCAGCACUAAGGAGACAGAGGCAAGUUGAUCUCUGUGAGUUUGAAGACAGCCUGAUCUAUGUAAUAAGUUCCAGAACUACAUAAUGAGACUGUCUCACACACACACACACACACACACACACACACACACACACACACAAACAAAGGAUUGACUUCCUUAUAGUCCACUCUGGAUCCAUGGGUAAAGAGUGAGCUAUCAGGACUUGUUACAGGAAGGACUUAAUUUGAAUUAAAUAAGUCAUUAACUGUAGAAUUGAAGCCCAGGCUGGACCUUUAAGCAAAUCUGGUCUCCACUGAGGAAACUCAGGAUGCUUUCUUAAUGUCAGCCAAUGUGGGAAUAUGCUACUGUCCUUGAGGUAACACUGCUCAGUGCUCACCUCCCUCACCAUGCCCUGUUCUCUCCACCCACUGUGUACCUUGCUUCCCACACAGAAGCACUAUGUCUACGCUCCUAUCAGACAGAGAGACUGGGUGAUGUGGAGUAACAAGGCUGGAAAAGCCAGCAGCUAUAACAAGAGGCAAACAGAAAACUGAAUCAAGAGGUGAAGUUCGAGAGAGGCAGGAGGAAAGGCUUGAAAUGUACACAGUUUUACAAAAUGGCGGCCUGGCUAAUGAAGGCAAGUUCUGGGGCUUUGCUCCACAGAAGGCUUAGACGUGAGAGAAGCCAAGCAGACCCUCACACAGAAAACAGUGGGUGUAGAGAAAGGGGACUCCUUACACACUGCUGGUGGGGACAUAAAUCAGCAUAGUCAUUUUUAAAAAAACAGUAUAGAAAUUUCUCAAAAGGUGAAAAAAAGAAUUAUCUUACAAGUCAGCAAUCCCACUUCUGAGUAUUUAUUUAAAAGAUUUAUAGUUGGCAUACUAAAGAGCGGUCUGCAGCCCCGUGUUUCUUAAAGCACUGUUCAUAAUAGUCAAGCUGUGGAAUCCGCCUAAAUGUCAUCCAGUAGAUGAAUGAGUAAGGAAAAUGUGGAGAGUGCAUACACAACAUUACCAUUCAGCUUUUAAAAAUAAGGAAAUUCUACCAUUAAAACAACAUAUGCAGAACCGGAAAGCACUAUAGUCGCUGAAGUUUGCCAGGUGCAGAAAGACAAACGCUGUAUGUUCACGGCACAUGCAAUCUAAAACCACUGAGCUCCAUUGAAACAGAAAAAGCAUUGGUUACCAGAGGCUAAGGAAUGCAGGAAUCAGGAGUUGAUAUUCAAAGUAUACAAAACCCAACUAGACAGGAGAAAAGGGAGGGGGUCCUUUUUCAAGGUCUACUGCACAGCAUGGUAGUCGUAGUUAAUAGUACACUGUGUGCUUCAAAAUCACUAGGGGAGGAAAUCUCAAGUGCUCUCCCCACAAAAAUGAUAGGUAUUUGAAUGAUGGAUAUGCUAAUUAGUUUGAUUGAAUUAUUCUAUAUUGUACCCAUAAAUCAUAAUCAUUUGCUGCCCUAUAACUAUAUAAAACUAUAAUUUGCCAAUUUACGAUUGUAAAUGUUUUAGACAGUUGGGACAAAGCAAAAGAGAGAAAAUGAGGGCAUCAAAGAGAUGAUAACCAACCAGGACCUCAAGAACUGAGGAUCUGAGCACAAGAUAGAGUCAGGAAUUCAUUGCAGACAUUUUUUUUAUUCACUUUGCAUCCCAAUCACAGCCCUCCUCCCUCCUCUCUUCCCAGUCCUACCCUUACAGGUCCCCCCCCCCACUGAUCCCUCCUCAUCUCCUCAGAGAAGGAGAGCCCUCCUUGGGUACCACCCUACCCUGGGGCAUCUAGUCCAGCAGGACUAGGCACAUCCUCUCCCACAGAGACAGAACCAGGCAGUCCAGGGAGAGAGAAGGGGAUCCAAUGUCAGGGAACAGAGACUGAGACAGCCCUCAUUCCACUUGUUAGGGAACCCACAUGAAGAACAACUUCUGCAUUUGCUACACAUGUAUAGGAGGUCUAGGUCCAGUUCCUGUAUAUUCCCUGCUUGGUGGCCCAGUUGGUGAGCCCCCAGGGGCCCAGGUUAGUUGAGUCUGUGGGUCUUCUUCUGGUGUCCUUGACCCUUCCAACUGGCUCAGUUCUAUCCCCUACUCUUCCACAAGACUCCAACUGAUGUUUGGCUGUGGUCUCUGCAUCUGCCUCCAUCCACUGCUGAAUGAAGCCUCUCAGGAGACAGUUAUGCUAGGUUCCUGUCUGCAAUCAUAGCAGAGCAUCAUUAAUAGUGUCAAGAGCUGGCUCUCUCACAUGGGAUGGAUCUCAAGUUGGGGCAGUCCUUGGUUGGCUGUUCCCUCAGUCUCUGCUCCAACUUAUCCUUGUAGACCAGAUAAUUUUUGAGGUUUUGAAAAAGCCUCCUCUCAGACAUCCUUGACCCAGGGCUUCUCUGUGUCCAGUUUGCUUCUGAUGCAGCAAGGACAAAGAAUUACACUCCUAGCCAUGAGUUACAAAUAGAUUCUAAGCCAUCAUAAUGUCCUAAAGACUAAAGUAACUAUUUAUAACUAAGGGUUUGAGAGAGAGAGAUCAUUGUUUGGGCUCCAGAAGUUCAGCUGUAAAUAAUGAAAACCAAAUGUCUGAACUGACGUGAGUCACUUUCUUCCUCCCAGCCAAGACACUCCCACCUGCCUAAGACCAGAGAAAAAUCUCACUGGGGAGAGGGGGUUAAUGAACGAAAAAAUGAGUGAUUAUGCAUAAAUCAAGGUACCAUACCAUAGGUGACACAUGCUCGUGACUAGUGGACAUGAGUCACAGAGAAAGGAACCUCUACUCUCUGCAGCCGGGUUGUGAGGGCCUCAAAAGAGCACAUCCAAUAGAGGGCUAAUAUCCAAAAUAUAUAAAGAACUCAAGGAAACAACCCAAUUUAAAAAUGAGGUACAGGUCUAAACAGAGAAUUCUUUUUUAUAUAUAUAGUUUAAUGUAUUUUAAUAGCAAACUUACAGGAACAGCACAGAAGACAGACAACAUUAAAAACAGGUACUCACAUGUAGGACAACUCCGUUAGAAAAGUACAGUGAAUGGAUGGAAUCUACCGUAUGAUAAAAUGCUACAAACACCAUUUAGUUGCUGUCAAUAAGAAAUUUACUUAUUUU